UUACAAUUGUAAAAUGAUGGCUUCGGAUGACGACAAUAAUUCAUUGAACUCAUCACCAAAACGUGUCGCCCCGCUUGCCGAGCUGCAAGCUGCAGCAUCUGCUACCACGAGCGCGACCUCGACCUCCAGCACAAACGCAACAAUUGGUACCGCAAACGCGGCCAUUGGAAGCCCCUCUACCCAAAUGGGUCGGCGAAAGAAAGUCAUGCCGCUAGAGCAUGGAUGUGAAGACAAUUGGACAUGGAGUAAACGGCAUCGUUCCAAGGAGAUAGUAUUAAGUGGGGCCAACAAUCGCACCGUUCAUUUCCAUCCGAAUUGGAGCAAGGGUACGGCCGGGGUACAGGGCAAGCGACCUCUUAACAAUGGUCGUUUCUAUUGGGAACUGCAUGUGUCACAGCGGGUUUUCGGCACUAGCAUUAUGUUCGGUAUUGGAACAAAACAAGCGCGUCUUCACGCCAACUCAUUUCGUAAUAUGUUGGGUGAGAACGAACAUGGCUGGGGUCUAUCGCACAAAGGAGUACUGUGGCACAAAGGUGUUGCGCUGCUUUACACCAAACGCUUCAAAGAAAAUCAUCCCACAGUUAUUGGUAUACUCUUCGAUGGGAUCGAAGGUACGCUCACCUAUUACAAAGAUGGCAAAUGCUUGGGCGUCGCGUUUCGAGGUUUAGAUAAGAUCAAGGAACCGCUUUAUCCGAUUGUCUGUUCUACAGCUGCGAAAACCGAAAUGACUCUGAAAUGUACUCGACGCGAUUUUGUGAAUCUACAAGAUCGUUGCCGUGCCGAAAUUAUCAAGCAUGUCAAGACGAGCGAGGAUUUGGUGAAACUAAAGUUGCCGCCACUGAUAACGCAAUAUCUGAGUGAGGUGGUGAACGAUGUGGCACCUCUGCGACAGGUGGAUAAUUAUGACAUACUAUGUGACUUUUAGAAGGUAGCGUUUGGGUCUGGGAAAGUGGUUACUUAGUUGGUGCAGGCCCGGUUGAUUGGUUACUAACCAAUGAUGUUUUUGUUUGUGUUCGCCUUUUUUCGGUAAAACAAAAAUAUAGUUCAUUUGUCAUUAUACAUAAAUAAUAGCAAUGCAUAGAAUAUUACUUAGAAAUAGUAUAUGUAUAUGU